AUGGCUGCUAUUAAGAAGGACAAACCGUAUCACUCUCUGUUCGCAGGCGCAACAGCAGGAGCGAUUGAAGCUUUCGUGACUUAUCCUACGGAAUUCGUCAAAACGAGGUCGCAGUUUGGCGGGAAGAAAGAAGGCCCGAUUAAAAUUAUCAAGGAUACCAUUAGAACGAAGGGUAUUACGGGUCUAUACUCUGGAUGCACGGCGCUUGUUGUUGGGAACUCGGCCAAGGCUGGUGUGAGGUUCCUCACCUAUGAUUACUUCAAGCAAAAGCUAUCGGAUUCGAAUGGCAAGAUUUCUGCUCCUAGGAGUUUGCUUGCUGGUCUUGGAGCUGGGAUGACUGAAGCUGUUCUGGCUGUUACGCCUUCGGAGACCAUCAAAACGAAGCUCAUUGAUGACGCUAAGCGCCCCAACCCGCAAUACCGUGGCCUCAUCCACGGAACAGCGUGUAUCGUCAAGCAGGAGGGUAUCUCUGGGAUCUAUCGCGGACUCUUCCCCGUCAUGAUGCGACAAGGAGCAAAUUCUGCUGUUCGAUUCACGACUUACGCAACGCUCAAGCAAUUGGUUCAAGGCACUGCUCGACCCGGCCAGCCCUUGCCUAGCGCUAUCACUUUCGGUAUUGGUGCCAUUGCGGGACUCGUUACUGUGUAUACCACCAUGCCUCUCGACGUCGUCAAAACUCGCAUGCAAUCACUAGAUGCUCGAGCUCAAUACCGCAACUCGUUCCACUGUGCUUAUCGUAUCUUUACUGAGGAGGGCAUUCUGAGGUUCUGGACGGGUACGACACCUCGGUUAGCUCGGCUUGUGAUGAGCGGUGGUAUUGUGUUCACUGUGUAUGAGAACAUCAUGAAGGUGAUCGCAUAA